AUGGCAUCGAACUCCGAAAAAAUCGAGCGAAUUUCAGUUUCGAAUUUGAAAUGUGACAUCUGCUUAGAAAUCAAACUCAGUCCUGUCGCAUUACCAUGUGGCCAUUCUUUCUGUGGAAGGCCACGUGACUGCCUUGAAGGUCUGUUCAUAUCGGCCGGAUAUCCGCGCUGUGCCAUUUGUCGCAGGCUGUUCAAAGUUACACGAGAUCAGUUGAAACCCUUGUACGGAUUGAAAGAAUUCUUUGAUGAAGUGAACGAGGCAGCUUCUACAUCAGAGACAUCUCAUAAGAAAAGAGCGCAUUCAACUUCUUCAAACGCAAAAGAGUGCUGCCAAAAGCACUCCAACUAUCAGCUGGAAUUCUACUGCUAUGAAUGCAAAAUUGAAAUCUGCGGAAACUGUUGGGAUGAAGAUCACGGAAAUGUAGCCUCACAUCGUGUUCAACGAGUGGACCAUGCAAAAAAGAGCAUUUUGACUGAAAAUCUGCAAAACAUCAACUUCGGUCAGAGAGAGAAUGAAGCUCGUAAGAGAAUUGCGAAGGUACAGGGAACUAUUUUAUUACUGGAAGAUCUAAUGAGAAGCAUGACAAGAGAAUAUACCCAUUUGGUUCAAGAAAUGAUCACUUGUGAAGAUGUUUUGAAACUCAGUCAGUCAGAGUUCCAUGCCUUUUUGGAGUCUGAAAUUAGUCCCAGCAAUCAACUACAAAACCAGAUCAUAGAGAUGCAGCGCCCGGGAAGUUUAACUGGUUGGAAUAUUUCAGAAAACGACACAGCAAAAAGCUUCGAAAUUUAUCGGAGAAUGCAACAACUUACAAGCAAUUCAAAUAGUUCAGACGAUAGCGGGCCCAGCUCAAUGACUUGGUCGAGUUAUUUUGAAAAUAUGAUGGACAAAGUCAGAUCAAACAUACAUAAAAACUAA